AUGAAUAAUGAAUUUGGUCGAUAUAUUAAAAUUGGGACUCUUUUGGGAAUGAAUCCAAAGACAAUUCAUGUAGAACUUGCAACAGCUUUGGGACCCAAUGCUCCAUCAUAUCCAACAAUUGCAAGGUGGGCAAAGUGUUUUCGUGAAGGAAGAGAAGAUCUCAAUGAUGAUCCUCCAGUAUCCGAACUUACGGCUGAAAGUAUUGAAUUGGUACGACAGGUAUCAGGUGCAGAUACGAUGAUGAUGGAAGUUACUGUUGCUCUAUUCUAUACUGUGACAACGGUCAGCGGUCAUCAAAUAAGCGUUACACCUGAUCAUUAUAUUCGUGUCGAAAAUAAUGGAUAUGAUAUUGCUUCUCAACUAACAUUAAACCACUCUCUCUUUGUUGCACAAUUAAACCAUCCAGUUCGUAUUCGUUCAAUUAAACAGGAAUUCAAAGCAGGUCUUUUUAGUCCUGUCACUUUUGCUGGUACAAUUCUUGUUAAUGACGUUUUUGCAUCAUGUUACUGUCUUAACAAUCUUCGUGGUACACACUAUGAAAAACAUCACCUAUAUGCACCAUUUCGUUUAUGGUAUUACGUGGCAAAAUACUAUUUAGGAUUUGGUAGUGAAGUUUAUCACAUGCCAAGAGAUAGCAUUCAUUGGGUCAUUGGUAUCUACGUUCAAUAUGGUCACUAUGUUGUCUUUAUUUAUCAUUCGUUGCGCGCUCUAUUCUUUAUGGGUUUGGUUGAAAUUUUUAUUCGCAUCAGCGAAAUUAUCCAUCCGGUCUUCAUUAAACAUGCUUAUUAUUAA